AUGAAGGCUGGCAGGCUAGUGCUUUUAGAUGAGUAUUCAGCUUUCGAGCAUGUAUUCGAGAGAUACACUAAUUUGCAGAAAAACGCCGAAAAGCUGAGCCAAGAUCUUGGCAUAGUAUCAAGGUCGGCUGCUUCAGUGGAUCUCGAAAUCGGCCCAAAAGAUGGGGCACAUUGUCCGAGAAAAGAGCGGUUCAGUUUUGAGAUUUCUCAAUCUCUGUCGUCCCUGAACUCUUCACAGGAUAACAACAAUUCUACAACAGGCUAUGUGGUGUGGUCUACAACCCCGUUUUUCUUGCAGUGGCUUUUAUAUUCCGAGACAGGCCAGAUUUUCACCAAUGGUGGGUCAAUCGAGUGCGAAGCAGAGACUGGUUCAAAAACGUGUACCAUUCCUGCAAUUUUUAGCGAUUUUGCAUUAGAGGCCGAGGAACAGCCAUUGAGGCAGAUUGUCGAGCUAGGAUGUGGGGUAGGUGGCAUCUCGGGAAUAGCCUUGGCUAAUUACGUCGACAAAUACGUAUACACGGAACAAAAAGCGCUUUUGGAUCGACUCAAGCACAACGUGGCAGCGAACAUAGACGAACUGAGACUCCGGGGCAUGGAAUCGUCUACUCUGGGGUUCGAGCUGCACCGCAAAACCCCGCUCAGGACCCAGAUGGACGUUCUCCCACUUGAUUGGGAAAAACUGGAUCCCAGACCUGCAAAGCUGCAUCCGCUGCUCAAACCACACAGAACAGCUAUUGUGACUAUUCUGUCCUUGGAUGUGGUCUACAACGAGUAUCUUAUAGAUCCGUUUCUACGCUCUUUGCAGGGACUCCUAAGAGCUUACAAUACAAUGGGCCAUGUUGCUUCUGCACUCAUUGGCAUACAACUACGAGACCAAGAAAUAAUCCAAAGCUUUCUUGAAUGUGCCAUUCUGGAGUUCGAACUACAGGUCUACGCUAUCACUGACCCCGAGAUAGAAUCCACGAGGUUUGGCCUUUACUACAUCAAGCUGAAGGAUUGA